ACUCAAAGUUCGCUUCACCGCACACACCACCUUUUUUUUACCACAUUUUAAACACCCCUCUGUAACUUUUCCUUUCUUUACUUCAGAUUAUGCACCUUGCUCAUAGCACUUGACAUCUUUUCUGCUUGAGGAGUUGAAACACACCCGCGCUUACACACUGCUUCUCCCCUCUGAAAACCACAAAAAUAGAUCCAAUGAGUUUCGUGGCCAUGUCUCGGUCUCCAGAGAUCGACGGGAACGAGAUGGCCGAUAUGAGACCCAACAUCUCGCCUCUUAGCUCGCCCCUUACACCCCUGUCCACAAUGUUUGGCAGAUGGUCGGAGACUCCCCAAACACCGACAGGGGAUAGUCAAGACUUCUUUGGUAGCUCCCAAAACGACGAGAUCAUUUACGUUCAGAGCGAUGUCAUGACACAGUCUGAUGAGGCAAACGAAUCUCAAAACGACAGCCAAGAAGAAACAGGGGCAGAAGACAAGGAAGACAGGGACAUACUGGGCGAGCGAGAACUAUCGAGCAAGAUUGACGAUCCAGAAUUUCCGGCCUACAACGGUAAAACUCAAGAAGACUACAUCACAUACACGUGCCUGGAAGAAAUGUGGGAGAAUGUGCGCGACUACCUCAGCCGCGAGGAACGCGACACCUUCUUCGCACUCGUUCCCAUGAGCAACAAAUGCAAGACGACGAGUGUGUUAUACGCUCACCGAAUCCACCGAGCCAUCGUGGUGGACCCCAGCACGUUCAACUGCGCACACUACCUCGUGCUCAGGGUCAUGUUUGGCCUGGAGGCGUGCAUGAGGCAGUCCUGGUGGUCAAUAUUUAAGAAGAAGUACCCCCAACAAGCCGCAGAAGACGAAGCAGCGGCGGCCGAAAAGAAGGAGGCGGAGAGGAUGGCCUCUCGGACGCCCAGCUCAACAGCCAAGGCAGCAUCUACCCUCAGAACACCCAGGUCCAUGUCGAAACUACAUCUCACGAGCAAGAUCAUCCAAGGCACCGGAAGCCCAAUCCAACGCUCCAGUCAGGCUCGGCCAAUCGGUCGCCGCCUCUCGCUCGACAUCUUCGGGGCCAACCGCUACACGUCGCUCACGCCCUCUUUCUCCACUCGCAGGAGUAGCUACACGCCUGCUCGGGCAAACCGCCUCCUCAACCUCCGAGGGCAGGAGACAAAGCCCCAAACACAAACAAACACAACCGACGUGGCCGAGUUGCAGGCUCGGGUCUCGCAGCUGGAGCUGGAGAACGCAGAGAGCGUCGCUAGGGUGCGCGAGUUGGAAGAGGCCCUGGAUUCUUUCAGAUUGUUCGCAGCUGAGAUGAGCACACUCUUAGACCCGACUCCAGAGCAGCAAGACUGAUGAUGCAGUCCUGGAGUGUAGUAGCAUGGCGACUCUACAUGCCCUUGUUCGGGAAACAUGUGGGGAGCGGCGGUACGUGAAGCGCGCAAGGUGAUUGAAUAACUAAAUGUCAAAAAUGUUAUCUAUGAGUCUGGUCGAGGCAGCCCUCACAGCGAGGAACUACGUAGUAAUGAUCAUCAACAAUGCCGAAGAAAAUUGGGCCAUACUUUAUACGCUAACAUUUGGAAUCCCUGGGGACUGUAGUAAAAGAGGUCGACGUGGUCUCCGGGUAUUAUUAUGCGACACACAGUACAAGGAUACACAGUGGCUUUCGCAGUUUAUUUUAAUUCCAAAGGCGCGGUCUACGUCUGCAAACAACUCAGACCCUCAUCGUCAAACGUCUAUAUCCUCUAAACGCCAAUACUGCAAAAAAUGUGAAAAAGACCACCCCCUGGGACGCAGCCAACUGCUCUCUCACCCAACCCCUCGCCUCAUCUGC